AUGGGGAAGCUUUCUAAGUACUGUGGUGUGUUUGGUGUGAUGUUGGUAUUGUUAGUGAUAGCUGUAGGGACAACAGAAUGUAGGAAAAUUGAAAAAGAUACAUUUUCUGAUGGCAUAGGAGGUGGAGGAGGCGUUGGGGGUGGUGGAGGAGGGGGAGUUGGAGGAGGUGGUGGUGCUGGGGGAGGAGUUGGAGUUGGUGUUGGUGGGGGUGGGGGUGCAGGUGGUGGCAUUGGAGGUGGAGGUGGUGCUGGCGGCGGUGCAGGUGGAGGCAUUGGAGGUGGGUCUGGUGGUGGUGUAGGAAUUGGAGGUGGAGCUGGUGGGGGUGCUGGUGGUGGCAUCGGAGGUGGAGGUGGUGCUGGUGGUGGUGCAGGUGGAGGCAUUGGAGGUGGGUCUGGUGGUGGUGUAGGAAUUGGAGGUGGAGCUGGUGGGGGUGCUGGUGGUGGCAUCGGAGGUGGAGGUGGUGCUGGUGGUGGUGCAGGUGGAGGCAUUGGAGGUGGGUCUGGUGGUGGUGUAGGAAUUGGAGGAGGAGUUGGUGGGGGUGCAGGUGGUGGCAUCGGAGGUGGAGGUGGUGCUGGCGGGGGUGCAGGUGGAGGCAUUGGAGGUGGGUCUGGUGGUGGUGGUGUUGGUGGGGGUGCAGGUGGAGGCAUUGGAGGUGGUGGUGGUGCUGGAGGGGGUAUUGGCGGUGGAUUUUAA